GGUAACGGUCCCCAUGGCAACGUGGCUUCGUGGUCUCUCUCGUUCCACCAGCUUCAAACGGUUUGUCGGAUCUCCGCGAUGGACGACGAGCCUCCGAGUGAGUGUAUCUACAACCUGCUGCCCCGGCCUCAGCCUCCGCCUCGCCAUCGCCUCAAUUAUCAUUCAAAACAGCGGAAAGUUGUACAGAAAGACUGGGAUAGUAAGAAAUCAACACACAAAACAAUGGGUUUGCCGAAAGUUGAGCCUCCUUGUCCAAAGCACCAUCUGUUGAAGCAUUCCAAGGAACAAAAGCUACCAGAAAGGAAACCUUACAAAGUUCCUGUAGAAGGAAUUAAAUCCUCCAUCCCAUCUGACAAACCACUAAUGGGACUUCACACCAAGAAAAACUUUGUUCAAGCCAACAUAGUUGACGUUCAGAUGUCAGUCCCCAAGAAACCUGUGCCAAUAAUUGUUGAUACUAGAAAAGGAAAUAAAAUCUUUUUGGAACCAUCAGGGCUUCUUCCAACUCAACUCUACAGAAAGGAUUUUGGUAAAAUCCCAGAUUAUCUAAUCAAGCAGUCUGAAGAGGAGAAGAAAGCACAAGAAGAAUAUGAUGCCUAUGUAAAAGAGCGUAUACGGCAAGGUUCCAUGAAAAUGUUGACUGAAGAGGAGCGGAACAACGUGUUAUCGGGACUCAAGAAGAAUUGGGCAGAGUUGAAUCAUGCCUAUCAAAGUCUUUCCAUUUUGAUAGACACUCAUUCGAAGCAAAUGCACAAGGAACUACUUGAGGCCAAAAUGAAAAAACUAGAACAAGACAUUGACAUGUUUGAGAAACAUAAAUUUAUCUACAUUCCACGAAACUAAAGCCCAAGAUAAUGUUGUUUUCUCAAUUAUAAGCUCGUUGCAUCUUAGCUUUUCUAAAAAAGUAAUAUUAUUAUGCAAAUCUUGUUCCAUUUUUGAUCCUAGUAGUUGUGCAUGUAAAAUUUCUACAUAUUUCAUACUUAAAGGAUACACUUACGUAAGCACAAAAAUGAAGAAUUUGUGACGUCAACAACAAUGUUGCAAUUUAAACUUAUUAUCACAAGAUUUUCCUUUUACUUUAUUUGACAACAAAUUGUUAUAAAUGACAAUGUAUUGUACAAAUGUUAAAUAUUCAUUGUAUAUCAAUAACAGUGGUUUAUUCUGAGAAACUGUCACUGGUUUUGCAUUUAGAGAAGCAAGGUUUUGAUAUGGCAUGUUCAACUAACUGAGCAACCAAAGUCACCAACUUAUUGAUAAACUUUAAUAGUGCAACAUGUAUGAGAGAAAGUGGACUUGGUGUUCAUUGUUCAAAGGAACUUGCAGAAAAAGUAUCAUGAAAGUAAAGCAAGAAUAGUUAUUUGGAAGUACCAAACCUGAGUAUUGCUGAAAAAAAAUGUUGUGUUGAAGUUUUUCAUCUUGCACUCAUCAGGCCAAUGCAAGAGAUAAGCCAACAGUUAUAUUAUGAGCAGUGUUGUUCAGUUGGUUCACAGAUCCAGCCAUGUCUAUCACCCAGUCUCAUGAAUUGAACCAGGUGCAACACGUGUUCAUGUUCUUUGUGUCUACAAAGUGGCAUGCCUUUGCUUGUUCACUGCUAAGGGCAGUGACCACAGUCUACCUGCCUAGUUUAAAAUGUAAGGAAAACCUGACAGUUUACUGUACAUCAGCAUUUAUCAGCACAUUCUCUAUGGCAACGCCUCUAUUAAUCAGAGUCCACUUGUUAACCAACUGGUACUCUUUUCUCUCAUGCAGCGUGAAUGUUGUUUUUCCACUUGAACUGGAAUUUUUGUGUGUUGCCCUGACGAGUGCAAGAUGAAGAAUUUCAACAGAGUAUUUUUUCAGCAAUACCAAAGUAAAAGCAUUCCUGUAACAUUACAGCACAGGCCAUAAUGGACAUACAAAAAAUAUUGACAUCGCACUUGCACAAUAAAUUUACAAAGAAAGGACUUCAGUACAAUUAAAUGACAUAUGCCAUAAUGGCAAACCAGAGAAUUGAAGAAGCUAAUUACCCUUAUUAUGAUGACCUUGUCUGAGUACAUAUCUAUGCUUAAAUGAUAAAACGUGAGUAUAUAAGGAAGCUUUGGAGCAAAGUAGCUGCAGAAGAUGAAAAUAAAAUGCAUUAUGUUAGAGACAACGUUAUUUUUGACACAAAGACUGAAGUAAAUUAGAAACAAAAGCAGUUACAACUAGAUUUCCCAAAGGAUGCUGGAAAACUUAAUAUGCUGGAUGUUAGCUGCAGCUCAGUAAGUAAUGUUCUUCCCUUUGUCUGGGAAGGUUGGGAGUUCAUGUCAUCAUCCAAUAACUUGAGUACAAAAUCUAGCCCGACACUUCAGUGUAAGAAAUAGAAGCUGAUGUGUGCUGCUUGAUCCUUCAAGUCUGCUUUACUGUUCAACAAAGUUGUGGAUGAUUUUCUAACUCAGCUCCACUACCCAAUGUGCCUGAUAGGAACAUUAUGAAUCAGGAACAGAAGGCCAUUCAACCCUUUGAGUCUGCUCUAUCACUCAAAGAUCAUGGCUGACUGGAUAGUAACUUUAAAUCAACAUUUUGCCAACCCCCAAUAACUGCUCAUGCCUUUGCUUAACAAGAAUUUAUCUGUCUCGGUAUUAAAAAUAUUGAAGGACUCUGCUUCCACCUUUUCAGGGAGAGAGUUCCAAAGACGACCCUUUCAGGGAUCAAAAUGUUGCUUAAUCUGUGCUUUAAAUGGGUGAUCCAUGACUUUUAAACUGUGAUUUGGUGUAGAUCCUUCCAUGACAAGAAAUUUCCUGACCACAUCUACCCUGUCAAGACCCUUCAGGAUUUUGUGUUUCAUUCAAGUUGCCUCUUACUCUUUUAAACUAGAGUGGAUACAAGCCUAGCCUGUUCAACGUUUCUUCACGAGACAACCUACCCAUUAAACCUCUAACAAACCUUCUCUGAAUUGCAUCCAAUGUAUUUGCAUCUUUCAUUAAAUAAAGUGACCAAUACAAUGCAUAAUACCCCAGAUAUUUUAGCAUUUGAUUCCUUGUGAUAAAUGAUAACAUUUAUAUUAACUUUUGUAAUUACUUGCUGUACCAGUAUACUGACCUUUUAUGAUUUAUACACAAGGACACCCAGAUCUCUCUCUAUCUCAGAGGUCUGCAACCCCUCGCCAUUUAGAUGGUAUGCAUUUUUAAUUCUUCCUGCCAAAAUGAACAGCUUCAUAUUUUCCCACAUUAUAGUCCAUUUGCCACAACUUUGCCCAAUUACUUAACCUAUCUAUGUCCUGUAGCAACUUUACAUCCCAUCUAUA